CGAGUGUGUUUGUCCGGACAAUCGAAGAAGAAGACAUCUUUAUUUAAUUUUAUUUAAAAAUUUCAUUUUAAUUUGAUUAAACAAAUUUUAAAUUCGGUCGAAAGUCGUAACAAAACGCAACGAAAAGAAGCUUUGUUUGUGCCAUUUUUACGUGAUUUUAAAAGAAACAACAUUAUAGAGUCUCGGCUUCGGGACCCCGCAUUCUUUGUGUACAUAUCGUUAAGGUACCUACUGUAAUAGCUCAUAGAGAGAAGUCGCCUUAGGCCUAUCAACCUUGCAAGAAAACACACAUUACUCUUGUGUUGGAGCUGACUGAAAACUGAAUAAAUAAGCAGUCUUUGUAUGGUAUGCAAGAUCUCAAAUCUCGAUCUGAGUCACCCUCAAAAGUAGCAGCAAGUUGAUCAAAAGGCAACGUUAAUAAAAAAUAAAACGUUGACUUAUGCAACCCACGGUUUAAAUACAACAAAAAAAAAGUAAAGGAAAUUCAAUUUAAAAAAAAAAAAACAUCUCAAGCCUAGACAAAAAGAAAAAUUCAAAUUUAACGAUGGCGUCACAAGGUACUACUUCCACCUCAAGGUUAUCUCAAAUACAGAUGCGUUUUCAGCAAAAACAACUACAAGUUCGAGAACAACGAAAAAUCGAGAUGACUGCCCCAAAGACUAUUACUUCGGAUAUAAUCGAAAGUGAACCAACAUUGGCACUCAAUAAUGUUAAAUCAAAUACAACAAAGAAUCUCAAUUCAACUAUUGGCAAUGGCAAAGUACGUCAAAUGUUUAAUGAACGUCGAAGAGGUGCCGGAAUCGAUCGAAGCAAUCCACUCAAACCCAUUACAUCAAGAUCCUCCUCAUCAUCGAGCACUGUUACAACAACAUCAAUUUCAUCUAAGACAAAUGUUGUCCGCAAAUUGGAUCAAACUACAACAAGAAGACUUACAGCUAUAAGGAACAACUCGAAUGGUAAUGAUUCUGUUGAUUAUAUGGGUAAUGAUAAUGCCCUUGAAACAUAUCGAGUAAAUGAAGAUGAUUUGAAUAGUGAAACAUUUCCUGAACAACAACUUGACAAUUUUGAUAUAGUAUUACCGUCAAAACUUGAAGCUCUGAUGCUUGAUAGCUUUGGUGAAGACACUAAUAACAAUCAUCAAAUGCCAGAGAUUAAAACAAGGCUAAAUUCAAGCAUCAAAUUGAACCCUGUUUUGACUAAAAAAUCACCCCCAGUUGCAGUUUCGAAAACACCCGCAAAACCAACUCGAUCGACUUUGAAUGCUACAAGUAAGAGCAGCUUGAAUUUGAACUCUACUCAAAAACUUGCUUCGACGACACCUAAGGCUUCAACUGUCAAAAGCUCAACUAAAAUGGCUAAACCUUUGGCAAGUCCAAAAGUGAUUUCUUUGAGAGUACCAAGGGCAAAAACACCCCCAACACAGCCUCCAGGAACUGCUGCGUGUAAAUUAUGCAACCGUUUCUUCAACGAAGAUCGUUUGGCAAAGCACCAAGAAGUUUGUGAAAAGAUGGCAAUGAAAAAACGUAAGAUCUUCGAUGCAUCAAAACAUCGUGUAAAGGGUACCGAAGCCGAGAAAUACUUAAAGAAGCCUCUGCGAGGUGCAAAGACCGUUGCAAAGAACUCUUCAACCACAUCGACGACUGCAAAUUCAACAGAUGCUUCAACAAAGAAGAGUAAUUGGCGCAAGAAACACGAAGAAUUCAUAGCUGCUAUCCGAGCUGCAAAGGAAGUUCAAGCACAUUUGGCUAAAGGGGGUAAGCUUUCUGAUUUGCCACCACCUCCACCAUCAGAGAAUCCCGACUACAUAGCUUGCCCACAUUGUUCGAGGAGAUUUAAUGAAGCUGCAGCAAAUCGUCACAUACCAAAAUGUGCCAAUAUGCUUCAUAAUAAACCUAAGCCUGCUGCCAAGCGAAGAUAAACAAAAUACUCCUAAACUGUUUUCCUAAUUUUUUCUUCAUGUCCAAUCCAAUGACUAUAGAACUUUUAGUUUCAUAUUUCUUGGAUUAAUUCUUAGACUUUUAUAUUUUUUAACAUGGCUUAACAUGAGCUAAACACCUUGGUAGUUGAUACUAACUCUAAAAUUUAAAUUUUAAGUGAAAACAAAAAAAAAUCUUGAUUGUAUCCUAUGUAACAACAAAAAAAAAAACAGUUCUCGUAAUCGUAACCUUUCAUAUGUGAUAAAAAAAAAAAAAAAACAACGCAAUUAUAUUUAAUUUUACUUUAAACCUUAAAUUGUUAACAUGAGCCUUUUUUUAAUAAAAAAAUAAUCUUUUUAUAAAAUAAAAAUUUAAAUUUGUAUUUUA